AUGGCUCAGCCGGACGACUAUACACUGAGAUUAACAGCACCAUCUGAGCAACAAACUUACCGCCUUAUUGAGCUGCCUUCAGAAUUACUGUCCAUUGUCGAGGAUAAAACUGCCGAUUUCUCGCUAACUAUCAAGGGGAAGCAGUCGGAUGAUGCCGUCCUCUGUUCAUCCUCCUCGACCUACGCGCUGAAAGCCGUCCUUGUCUCUAAUUCUUUCCUGAUUAUCCAACCUCCACAAGCGUAUGAUGGAGGAUCUGAUAACGAAAACAUCUUGGAGAUUACUGGGCAAGUGAAGGAUAUAAUUGAGGUGCAAAAGGCGGUGCCCAAGCUUGACCGUCUGCACGGCUUGAUGAGAGGCAGCGAUUGGACCGCCGAUGAUGAUGAAGAUAUGGGCGAACAGGGGGCAAAACGACGUCGAUAUACGUACGAUCAGGUGUCGGGCGUCGUUCAGGCCAGUGCGGAUGAGCUCGAUGAGGGACUGCGGGCAGCCCACGUCCUUCACAUUGCUGGAGAGUUACGCUCCUUGUUGCCCUCUCAGCUAUCGAACAUUUUAGAAACCAUCCUCACCAGCAUGGUAGCCAGAUCUUUCUCUCCGAAACACGUCCCGCUAGACAAUUUCCUUGAUGCCAUGGAAGAAGAUCACGAGCUUCCACGUGAAGUAGUCAGAGGCGUGAUUGGGUGGUAUGGAGAUGUGAGCGAGGAGCGGUGGAGGGCGGAUAUGGCAGGCCUGGUGCGGGAAAUCGGACUCGGGCUGUUGUCGGAAUUACGGGAUAACCCGAUGACUGAACACGAAUUCGUUACCCACUGGGAAAAGAAGGUGGGCGACAGUUUUACGGGAGAGAUCACGAUGGAGCUUUUGCAUGGCCACUAUCUGCGCCCCGAGCCGCCGAGCAAGCACCUGCUCUACUUCCCGCACACGGCUCUGCCGUCUGCCCCUGCAGCACGAUUCGCCGAUCUCUUCCUUGCACGCCCACGUUGGCUGGGAGAUGACCUGGAGCCAUUCCUCCGGGGGUUACCAGGCGGGGAGAACAAGUCCGUCCGAGACGCGUUAUUGGUCAAGUUUGCCAGGAAGAGUGGAGGGGAAGACGGAUGUAUUUGGUGGAGUGCCCGGGCGAAUUAUACAUGA